UAGGAUUACAUAUAGAUUUAUGAUCAAAUUGUAGUGAGAAAAAUGUUCGAAAUUCCAACGCGAAAUCACGCGAUGUUGUCGUGAACGAUUGUCCAAUCAAAGUGUAGAAAGUUAUCAACUGCAACCUGUAAUCUGCUCCUACUGUCUUUUUAAGAUGAUCCGAACAUUGGUCUUGUUUUGGUGACCUUCAAAGUUGAUCUGCUUAGAGUAAAGGUCAAAUUCGAAUCAGCGACGUUAUUUUUAAUUAUUCAAUGUAAUAGUCCUAAGUAGUGAUUAAUAGUAAAUUAUUAUAAUACUAGCGAAACAUCUCAAAUUCUGUUUCCCGGUUUGUCGAUUAAUUCAAUGUUUUAUUUCAACGUUUCUCCUAUUAUUUCUCGAAUGUCAGUGUAAUACUUCGAUUCUGAAAAACGCACGAUAGAAGAAUAGUAAGGUGACACAAAAAACUGGCCUUUGCUUAACUAAAAGUAGAAGACAUAACAUGAUAACAUAGAAUUAAUCAAAAAAGUCAAUGCCUUUAGUAAGAAGUAAUCCCAGCUGUACAUAAAUUUAACUAGAAAAUGGGCUCUAUGCUUGCAGUAAGCUAUUUUAUUCGAGACAAAACCAGGACACUAAUAAGGAAAUUUACAGCCAUUUUGCAACGGCUUUGUAAAUGCCAUUAUUUGAAAUGUCUGUUCUAUUAUGCAGUGGUUAAAAAUAUGACGGAACACAUGUCUACAACUGAAAGCCACGAGACUGAACAAACAAGAGUUUUAACUCUGAACAAUGGAGAACAUCUUGACGGUAUACUAUACAGGCUAAAGAAAGGAUGGAGAGUCGAAUUUCGUUUAGGCGCUUCUCUCCUUGGAAAGACACUUGACCUAUUCAUAAAUUAUCCCUUAGGAGAGAAUCAGAAAUUUGAAAGGCACACGUAUUAUCCAUUAGAAUGGGUCAACGAGACAGCCAAUAUAUACUUAUCUCUAGCUGGUUCAUUUCACUAUUACGUUACUGACCCAAGUUCUGAUAGUAUAAAGCCUAUCGCUUCUGGAUAUCUGCUGGUGGAUCCAGAACUUAAAAUAGGAGAGCUUGGAGAUCCUUUGCCAUUAGAUUGUAUUCAGUGCCAAACUGUUCUGGCGAAAUGUUUGGGCCCCUUCUCUACCUGGGAAGACAAGCUCUUAGUAGCCAGAAAUUCUGGUUAUAACAUGAUCCAUUUUACACCAAUUCAGGAAUUAGGACUUUCGAAAUCGUCGUAUAGUCUUAGCGAUCAACUGAAAUUGAAUCCUUCCUUCAAUAACGACGACAAACCGGUUACAUACGAUGAGGUUGAAGGAUUGAUUAAUAAAAUGCGCAAUGAAUGGAAUGUGCUGAGCGUGUGCGACAUCGUUCUAAAUCAUACAGCAAACGAAAGUUCCUUUUUAGUGUCUCACCCGGAGUGUACAUACAAUUGUUCAAAUAGUCCUCAUCUACGUCCAGCAUAUAUUUUAGAUUCCGCAUUAUUCGAAUUGACGGUACAAGUCGCAGCUGGAGAAUGGGAGUUGAAAGGAAUUCCUUCAACGGUCGAAACUGAAGAACAUUUGAACUCAAUUCGUCAUGCGCUUCAUACGUACUUCUUGCCACUCGUGAAAAUUCAUGAAUUAUACAUAUUGGACAUCAAUGAGGCCGUGGCUGAAUUUCUGAAUUUAGCACGGAACCAGAUGCCUCAAGACAACGUUGAGAAGAUAUCGGAAGAUAUUGAGAUAAUAGGAGAUCCGAAGUUUCGACGAUUGAAAGCGACCGUGAACAUGCAGCUUGCUUUGAAAAAGUUUAAUGUGUACAGAGUCGAUUGUUUCGACGAGGAUACUCGUUUGAAACGUUGCGCCGAAGAUUUGAGAAAACGUUUAGAGGAACUUAACAGCGUAAUCAUCAACGAGAUUCAAAAUCAUUUAAAUGCCGCGGUGGAGAACACGAUUGCUGGGAUACGAUAUUUCCGAGUGCAACCCGACGGACCGAGAAUCAAAGAGAUAAGCGAGAGAAAUCCACUUGUCCCUAGAUAUUUUACUGAUUACGGAGCGCCUCAAACGUUGACCGAAAGAGAAGCGACGAUGUAUUCGGAAGCAGGAUGUUAUCUCAUGGCUCAUAACGGAUGGGUAAUGAACAGCGAUCCUCUAAAGAAUUUCGCAGAUCCCGAUUCGAACGUCUACAUAAGAAGGGAGCUGAUCGCUUGGGGCGAUAGUGUGAAAUUAAGAUACGGCGAAAAGCCGGAAGAUUGUCCUUUCCUCUGGCAACACAUGUCUACCUACGUUGAGCAAACGGCGAAAAUCUUCGACGGUAUUCGCUUGGAUAAUUGCCAUUCGACUCCGAUUCCAGUUGCGGAGUACAUGCUCGAUGUUGCUCGCCGAGUUCGCCCAGAUUUAUACGUCGUUGCCGAACUGUUUACGAACUCCGAUCAGAAAGACAAUAUAUUUGUCAAUCGACUCGGUAUCACUUCUUUAAUUCGAGAGGCGAUGUCCGCAUGGGACAGUCACGAGGAAGGACGGUUGGUCUACCGAUUUGGUGGCGAACCAGUGGGUGCAUUCUUACAAUCGCGUAAACGGCCUCUGGUACCGAGCAUAGCGCAUGCACUUUUCUUAGACUUGACCCACGAUAAUCCUAGCCCGAUUGAGAAACGAAGCGUCUUCGACUUACUCCCAAGUGCUGCUCUCGUUUCAAUGGCAGCAUGUGGUAGUGGCAGCAACCGUGGAUACGACGAAUUGGUUCCUCACCAUAUACAUGUUGUAGACGAGGAAAGACAAUAUUCCUCCUGGACAGAUGACGAAUGUUUAGUAGAUGGUAUCAAACACGUAGGUCUAAAAACUGGUAUCAUCGCUGCGAAGAAGGCAUUGAACGAUCUUCAUUACAAUCUUGGGCAACAGAAGUUCUCACAAAUAUUCGUCGAUCAAAUCGACGGCGAUAUAGUUGCCGUAACUAGACACUCCCCGACAACUCACGACACCGUAGUCCUGGUUGCGUUUACAGCAUUCAAGCAUCCCGAUCCUAACGCGAAUGAUUUAAGAAGGCACGCGAGGCCGUUACGAGUAGAAGGCGUGAUCGAAGAAAUUAUUUUGGAGGCAUCCUUAUCUCAUGAAGGAACGACAGACAGUAAAUCGCCCUUCGGUUAUCCUGCAAAAUACGAACAAGAUGAGAACUACAUAAAUGGCCUCUCCGAAUAUUCCGUGAAACUUAAAGAACAUGUACAAAUUUGCGACUCGGAAAUCUUGGAAAAAGUUGACUCCGGCGAUCCGAAAAUAACUCAACUGAACUUCGUUAACUUCCAGCCAGGUUCCGUCGUCGCCAUCCGAGUGUCUCUUCAUGCUAACAUAAAACCUGCUCUUGCGAAACUUCAUAAUACUAUCUCGGUAAUAACGUCGUCGAAGAGCUCCGAUAUACGCGUUAUCGCGUCUCGCAUGGACUUGGUAGACUUGAACAAGGCUUUGUACCGUUGCGAUCAGGAAGAACGCGACGAGACUUCAAACAAAUUCGGUGUUUACGAUAUUCCUGGUUACGGGCCUCUCGUCUAUGCAGGACUACAAGGCAUCAUUUCUUUGUUAGCGGACAUUCGACCUAAUAAUGAUUUGGGUCAUCCGAUCUGCAACAAUCUCAGGCAGGGUAAUUGGCUGAUAGAUUUCACUUGGCAACGAUUGAAAGAGGACGAUGGUACCAAAGCUCUCGGGGAAUGGCUCGAGGAAGCUACAGAACCAUUCAAAUUAAUACCUCGCUACUUAGUUCCUUGCUACUUCGACGUUAUAGUCGUUAACGUAUAUAUGAUUCUGCUCGAACAAUGUUAUAGCCUAAUGACAAGCUUUGUGAAGGAUGGAUCCACUUUCGUUAAGAUUUUAUCCUUGGUCUCGACACAAGUGGGAGGAGUAGUGAGAUCGGCUCCAUUGCCGGACUUGUCUCCGAAUUUGGAUCCUCCGAAACCAAAAGUAAAACAAUAUAAUGGAGAGAAGGAACAGUUGUGCAUGUCGUUAUCCGCCGGCUUACCACACUUCACAGUAGGAUACAUGAGAAACUGGGGACGGGACACGUUCAUCUCUUUAAGAGGUCUGCUGAUAUUAACAGGCAGACACACAGAAGCGCGAUUCAUCAUUCUCAGUUAUGCUGGAACCUUACGGCACGGUCUCAUACCGAAUUUGUUGGACAAAGGAAAGAACGCUAGAUACAAUUGCCGAGAUGCUUUGUGGUGGUGGUUGUACACGAUUCAGUGUUACAUUCAAGAAGUGCCAAAUGGCUUGAAAAUUUUAACAGACAAAGUCUCGAGGCUGUUCCCAACCGACGAUUCGCCUGCGUUACCCGCAGGAGAAGUGGAUCAACCGUUGCACGAUAUAAUCCAAGAAGCUCUCGUAGUACAUUUCCAAGGACUUUGCUUCCGGGAACGAAACGCCGGGAGGCAAAUCGACGAACACAUGACGGAUCGUGGUUUUAAUAAUCAAAUCGGAGUGCAUCCGGAGACAGGAUUCGUAUUCGGUGGGAACGACGCGAAUUGUGGCACGUGGAUGGAUAAGAUGGGAUCCUCUGAGAAAGCUGGUAACAAGGGGAAACCGGCGACCCCGAGAGAUGGUUCAGCCGUGGAAAUCGUGGGGCUCAGCAAGAGCAUUCUCAGCUUUUUAGCCGAAUUGUACAAGCAAAAUCUUUUCCCUCACGGCAGCGUACAAAGGAAAAAUCGUGACGGUUCCGUCGUAACGUGGAGUUACAAGCAAUGGGCAGAUAAGAUUUCACUGAACUUCGAAAAAUACUUCUACGUGAACGAAACUCCGACGGAGGGAGAAUUGAAGCCAGAGUUGAUCCAUCGUCGUGGAAUUUUCAAGGAUACCCAUGGAGCCACGCAAGCGUGGGCCGAUUAUCAACUACGGCCUAAUUUCCCCAUCGCAAUGGUUGUUGCUCCAGAGAUGUUUAAUCCCGCGCAUGCAUGGUCAGCGAUAAAGAAAGCAGAAGAGAUUUUGUUAGGACCGCUUGGAAUGAAAACGUUGGACCCUGCUGAUUGGGCAUACAACGGGAAUUACGAUAAUUCUAAUGACAGCGGGGAUACCAAGUUAGCCCAUGGCUGGAAUUAUCAUCAAGGACCAGAAUGGGUUUGGCCCAUUGGAUAUUUCCUGCGAGCUCGAUUAUAUUUUGCUCCGUUAAUCGGAGGGAAGGAAGAACUACGUCGCACGAUCGAGUCGACCGAGGCUAUAAUUUCGCGACAUUUCAUAGAAGCAUCUACAAAUCACUGGAGAGGACUUCCGGAACUCACCAACAAAGAUGGAGAGUAUUGCAGAGAUAGCUGUAGAACACAAGCUUGGAGCGCUUCUUCUAUUAUAGAAGUACUUUAUGAUUUAAAUAAAAUUAAACGGGAAUUACGAUCCGAGGAGAACGAGAGAACGAAUUGA